GCACCUGAGGGUGGGACAAGAAGCAACGGGUGGAAGAUCAUCAAAGACAAAUCCAAAAGGAGGACUUUCCUGACCGAACAACUUGCCUCCCAUCGCUGGAGGUUUUUAAAAUUCAACAUUCAUGUGACCAGGAAAAAGGGUUGGACGACUAGCCGUCCUCCAAGGUCCCUUCUUGACCUCUGAGUCUAAGCCCAGGAUUUCCCCUCCUCCCGCUGCUGCCCUGACCGGCACUUCCUUUCCUGGGGGUGCAGGGCCCGCAGACCUCCUUCGGCAGCCCUACUUCGAGGUCCCCGGCGCCCUCCUCCAAAGCAGCGCCCGGCCUUCUGCCUUUGGAAGGAGCUGACUGUUGCCCGGCCUUCCUUGGACUGCCCCCCCCGGGUCCCCCCGAGGCAUGUAGCUGCGCUUCUCUUCCUCUGGCCCAGGAUUGUCUUCCCCAGCGCCCAGCACCAUGUCCAGCUCGCUGAGCAAGCGGAGCAGCCUGGCCAACGACAACGGCUGCCUGGGCCUGAGCCUGGCCUUGGUAGCCCCGCCGGGGGGGGCGGUUCUGCCACACAAGGGGCGGUGCGCCUACAGCUGCGGGGAGCUGCAGAGCAUCUUGGGGCUGCCGCCCUCCACGGAGGAGCCCUCCAACAGCAAGUGGAGGAAGGAAGGGCAGAACCAGCUGCGGCAGGCGGUGGAGCGUGGCCGCGACCAGAACCGCAAUGAACUGAGCCUUCCCAGCAAGGAGCUGAGCGCGCUACUGGUCCCUCUGACGGGGCAGGAGGGCAAGGGCCGAGCGGAGGACCCAGAGGCUGAGGAGGAGGAAGAAGACGAAGAGGAGGAGGAAGAGGAGGAGGAGGAGGAGGAGGAGGAGGAGGAAGGCUCCACCCCGGUCCAGAGUGAACCUGUGACUGAGUCAGAGCAGAGCUCGGAGCGGGCACUGCCUCGAGGGGAGCAAGGCCGCAGUGCCAGCCUCCUCUUUGCCACUCGCAACAGCACAGCCAGUGACGAAGAUUCCAGCUGGGCCACGCUCAGCCAGGGCAGUCCGACUGGCAGCUCCCUGGAUGAAGCCGAUUCCUUCUGGCUGUGUAACUCCCUGGAGACAGACUCUGACCUCCCAGCGGGAUGGAUGCGGGUUCAAGACACGUCCGGCACCUACUACUGGCACAUUCCAACAGGCACCACCCAAUGGGAGCCUCCCUUGUGCAGUGGGAGGGGCGACUCGGCAGGAAACACCCCCACCCGGGAGACCCAGCACACCUGGAUGGACUUUGGGCAGACGGACCCAGCCCCUAAUCCAGACUUCUGGAAGGAGGUUCCGCCGGAGGGGGCAACCCCCCAGUCUCAGUCGGAUGAGGGCCCGCCCAGCUCAGCCUUGGGAUCUCCCGUCAUGCGGUCUUCCCUGGAAGCAGGAGGGGAGGAAGCAGCCGGGCUACUGGGCCUUUCCCCGGGAUCGAAGUGCUUCUCUGUCCACUCGCUGGGCUGGGUGGAGAUGGCCGAGGAGGAGCUGGCCCCCGGCAGGAGCGCAGUGGCCGUCAACAACUGCAUCCGGCAGCUGGCCGGGCAGGAGCCGGCCCUGGGGGGCUCCUGGAUGGAGGGUAAGGCCAUGCUGCUGGUGCUGGAGAAGGAACUGCUGAAGCUACUGGAGCCCCAGGAGCGGAGGGAGCUGCACUGCCUGCCCAUUGCAGCCAUCCGGGUCUGGGGCGUUGGACGGGACAGUGGAAGGGAGUUUGCCUACGUGGCACAAGACCAGUUGGCUCAGAUGCUGAAGUGCCAUGUCUUCCGGUGCGACAGCCCUGCUAAGAAUAUUGCCACCAGCCUCCAUGAAAUCUGCUCCAAGAUUGUGACAGAGCGGCACAGCGCCCAAAGCUUGCUCAGGGGGCUCUCCCUGGACCCGUCCAAGAUGGUGGAAAUCCCCUUCCAAGUUGAGUUUCCGGCACCCAAAAGUGAAUCAGUCCAGAAAUUCCAGGUUUACUACCUGGGGAGCAUUUCCGUGGCCAAGCCUGUGGGCAUGGAGGUCAUCAACAGCGCCCUGGAGGCGGCCCUGGCAUCUGGCAGCAAGGAGCAGUGGGCACCCGCUCAAUUCAGCGUGGCACCAGCCACCCUCACCCUCACCCAUCAGCAGACUGACACCGUGCUGUGCGAGUGCCGCGUGCGCUUCCUCUCCUUCAUGGGCAUCGGGAAGGACGCCCGCUCCUUUGCCUUCAUUAUGGCUGCGGCUGCCAGCAGCUUCUCCUGCCACAUGAUCUGGUGCGAGCCCAACGCUGCGGGGCUGAGCGAAGCCGUUCAGGCCGCUUGCAUGCUUCGCUACCAGAAAUGCUUGGAUGCGCGACCCCAGUCCACCGGCAGCUCCUGCCUCCCGGCCCCUCCUGCUGACUCCGUGGCUCGCCGCGUGGGCUCCACGGUUAGGAAGGGCAUCCAGGCCCUGCUGGGGACUCUCCAACCCAAGCACCAGGGGUCCCAGACGCCAUGAGCUCCAGGCAGGAGAGAGGGGCACCUGCCUGCCCACCUGGACCCUCCGUGCCAGCAGUGCCCCUGGCCUCUGCCAGCCUCGCAGCUCUUGGCUUGCCCUGGUGCACGGUGCGUGUGUGUUCUGCAUGAGUGCAAGGUGUCUAUUUAUGAGGGAUGCGUGGAUCUCCGCAGGCGCGUGACCUUCAUGCCAGUGGCAGAAGGGAGGGAGGAGGAGGAGGGCUCCUCUUUGGGCAGCUGUACUGCGGCUGCCAGACCUGAUCCCUUCCCCCACCAGCCUCUCCCCCACCCCAGGCCCUGGAAUUAGCUGCUGCAGAGGACCUUGGUGGCAUCUGGCCACGCAUUGGGGAGGGGUCAGGGUCCCAGCAAUCUCCCCAUUUGGCCAGGAGCAGAGGGGGUGGGUGGGGGAGCUGCUGCCUCUGCUGUUUGUCUUGUACUAACCCACAAAUAAACUCUGUUCCAACGA